CUAUUACAUGUCUCUGAUUGUAGCUGUCAUCAGCUGUGUGAAUCAGAGCAUGUAUAAUCCUCUUGGGGAGACAAACUCCAAGCUCGAGAUACUGGAUUAUUUGGGCUUUGCCUAUUUCCUGGUGGAAGGCCUGAUCAAGAUGGUGGCUUUUGGAGUAUGUGGUCACAAUGGAAGUUACCUCAGCAGCAAGUGGAACAAGAUGGAUGUGCUGGUCAUCUCUGUUGAAGUCUUGUAUUAUUUGCUGAGAGUCUUCAGGAUUGAUGCCAAAAUAUGUCAAGCAUUCAAGCCGCUUCGAGUGAUGACCAGAUUUCCAAAGAUGCAAGACUUGUUAUCACUUCUUUUGGACACUGUGCCCAUGGUUACGAACGUUCUUGUCACCUACGCAUUCGUCAUCCUGGUUUUUGCUGUUAUUGGAGUCCAGCUGUGGGCUGGGCAGCUGCGCAACCGCUGCUUCCUGGGAGAGGACAUUGCAGCAAGAUACAACGUGUCCCUGAGUCCCUACUUUGAUUCCGGAAAAACACCAUUCGUUUGUUCGCUUGACGACUAUAACGGGAGGCGUCGCUGCCACGAUGUGCCACCUUACCAUGACGAUGGGAAAACCUGCUCACUGGCUCCUCCCCACCAUGGUGCAAACCAGUCAUCCCUACCAGUGUCCGAGGCCCACGAUUGUGUCAACUGGAAUUUGUAUUAUAACGUCUGUCGGACCGCAAGCCACAACCCAGGCAGGGGAGUUGUCAAUUUUGAUAAUGUUGGCUACGCUUCUAUUACCAUUUUCCAGGUUGUCACUCUGGAAGGAUGGACUGAAAUCAUGUACUUUGUCAUCGAUUCCCAUUCCUUCUUGAGCUUUGUGUAUUUCAUACUUGUCACUAUUAUGGGAUCGUUUAUCAUAAUGAACGUGUGCGCAGUCGUCAUCAGCACCUACUUCUUGGACUCCAUGACAAGUAACACAGGAGAGGAUCACUCAGUAGCCGACACUUGCAAAAGUUACUGUUACAAUUUCCUCCAGUGCUUUUGCAGCAUCUUCCCUAAAUUCACCAGACAGAGGCAGAACCACAGCCAGUUGACUCGGGCCUGCAUCCAGCUGAAGAUGCAUCUUAAAAAGAUUGUCGUAAGCCGACUCUUCCAUGUGUUCAUCACGGUUGUUGUUCUGAUGGACGUUAUCAGCUUGGCCACAGAGCAUCACAACCAGUCUGCCAAGUUGACGAGGAUCCUUAUCAUCUGCCAAAGGAUUUUCUUCUUUAUCUUUGUAUUGGAGAUCCUCUUGAAGCUGCUGGUUAUGUCACAGUGGUACUUUGCCUUCAAUCAAAACCUCAUUGACUUUGUCAUCGUUAUCAGCAGUGUGUGUGGAGCCGCUUCAAAUGAUGGCAGCUUGUCAGUUUUGCGUGCAUUACGCAUACUACGCCUUGGGAAGCUGCUGACAUUUCUCCCUAACCUCAAGAGGCAGCUGUUGAUAUUGAAGAGAGCCGUUGCACAGGCAAACACACUCUGCUGGCUACUUCUCAUGGUCAUUUUCAUUUUCAGGCAUGUGCACACAUAGAUCCUUGCUCCCCAUGUUUUCCUUUGUAAGACGUCAGUAUUGCCAUAAGAAAUCAAGAUGAGCACAUGUAAAUGAUUCUCACUGCAUCAUGUCAUUUCUUUG